GUACUUUCACUUUUGAUAGUUUUUUAUGACUGUUGUUUUGGGUUUCCCAGGGUUUAGUUGUGUUCCCUCUGUUUGGUGUAUCCCCUUAGUGUAGUAGGUCUCUGAGUCUGUGUCAUCACGUGUAUGUGUUUCCUGUUUUACUUUGAAGGUCUCUGUCUUAUGUCAGUGUGUUCCGUUUACAUUUCCCCUGCCUCAUUUGUAUACUUUGGUCUUUAAAUGUGCUAUACAAAUAAAUAUGAUGUGAUAUUACAUAGGCAAACUUAAUUAUUACAUCUGAGAACAAUGUGGAUAAACAAGUGCUCAUGGAGACUUAUUUUAUAAAUCUGGAUAAUAGUCUAGAUCAGAUCUCACUGACAGACUGGACAUUAUGGAACCCUUAAUGUGAUGCCAUCUUCCCUCCUUCAUCUGCAGAUUAAAACUAAACAAAGAUAGUUAUUAAAAGUCAGCAGGUCUGAGAGAGAAUGAAUCAUUGUGUCUUGUCAAACACAGUAAGAAGCUGAAGCACAGACGCGAAGAGUAGAUGUUCAUUAGAUUAUGAUGUCACUCUUUUUGUCUUCAUAUACAUUCAUACUGUGUUUAUGAUGCAGAUUUUCUUCUUUUAUAAUAACACAUUUUAUUUUCUAUAAUCAAAGACAGACUAGUUCGGAAUUCUCAGAAACUCACUGUGAAGUUAUCGCCCCAUCUCUGUCCAGCCCCUCCCAUCUAACAGACCUGGACAUGAGCGGAAACACCCUGCAGGAUUCAGCAGUGAAGCUUCUGUGUGCUGGACUGGAGAAUCCAAACUGUCGACUGGAAACUCUAAGAUUGGUGAGCUGUGGUCUAUCAGAGAUCAGCUGUGAUUAUCUGGCAGCAGCACUAAAGUCCAACCCCUCCCAUCUGAGAGAGCUGGACCUGAGGUUGAACAACAAGCUGCAGGAUUCAAGAGUGAAGCAGCUGUGUGGUUUUCUGGAGAGUCCAGGAUGUGGACUUGAAACUCUGAGAUUGGGGAGUUGUGGUUUGUCAAAUAUCAGCUGUGAUUAUCUGGCAGCAGCACUGAAGUCCAACCCCUCCCAUCUGAGAGAGCUGGACCUGAGUAACAACAGCCUGCAAGAUUCAGGAGUGGAACAGCUGUGUGGUUUUCUGGAGAGUCCAGGAUGUGGACUUGAAACUCUGAGAUUGAAGGACUGUGGUUUGUCAGAGAUCAGCUGUGAUUAUCUGGCAGCAGCACUGAAGUCCAACCCCUCCCAUCUGAGAGAGCUGGACCUGAGUGGAAACUACAACUUGCAGGAACCAGAUGUGAAGCAGCUGUGUGAGCUUAAGGAGAGUCCAGACUGCAGACUGGAGGUGCUGUGGUGGAGGUCAUGGUAAACAGGAUGGUGUGUGUGCUGAGAGAGGAUGAGCUGUGUCCUGGUGAUCUAUUGAGGUUGAAGCAGCAGUGUAGAGACGCUCUGACUGGGCCAUGUUACUGUGAGGUGGAGAGGAAAGCUUCAUCCAGCAGUGACUAACAGAGGAAUGUAAAGAAGUGCAGAUGACUGCCAGUGCUGCAGACUGAUGUGUGUAUCUUUUUUGUGGUGAAUUUCCGCAAAGUGGUUGGCUCGCCGUCUGUCACGACCAUAAUCUCAUCCAAAAUUUUCUGAAAUAUUUUGACCCUUACGAGCUUCAGCAACGAAGCAAAAAUCACCUAAUGCAACACACGUAUGUAAGUCCUGGACCAAAUUCCAUGCGGCAUGUUGACUCCUAUAACAAACUGAAGCCUUUUGGAAUCUGUAUAAAUGGAGCCAUUGAUGGCUUUUUGAGAGUUUUGAUUUGGCUUCAUGCCUAUUCAACAAACAGUGAUGCCAAAAUCAACACACAUGCACACACACAAUGACUGAUUAAAAGAAUAUAAGCAUGGUCACAUAACCCAAUGCCAUUCAGACACGUAAACAAUAUGAGCUGCUUGUCCAAAAAACAUCCAGAAAAGCAGUCAUUGUCUUUUAGUUCCUGGAGACGAUUUUUCCAGUGCUGAGCAUGAUGUUGUCUCAGAGAGGCUAACCAGCCUUCAAUACACUGAGUCUGAUUGCUGGACCCAGUAAUAAGAAUUACAGAGAAAGAGACACAGAGCGAGAAAAAAAAGUUUGCUUUAACACCCACCAUGCACAUAAACCAUGCUCAUUAUCAUUGUGUUCAGGAUAUGAAAAAAUGUAUAUUUCAUGCAUGCAUAUUAGGCAGUAUAAAAGCAUAAUGCCUAAAACAAUUCAUGUUCAACAAUUGCUUUAAAUUUUCCACAAUAUCAUGCAUCUACCACUGUUCUUGUUGUUGAGUAUUUUUGAUAAACUCCUCGACAGUCUUUGUGGAUGUUCAUGUUUUACAAACUGUCUGUGAGAAGCUGGAGACGUUUCUGCUCCACAUCCACUGAGCAGCUGCUCACUUUUGUUCUAGCCAGGAGCCCACAUACAGAGGUCCUAAGGACACCAACACAGACAUUAAAAAAAAAGAAAGAAAAAAAGACGUUGUUACGUGUUGCAAAAUAAACCUUUAGUGGACCAAAAUUGGAAGUCCAAAUGAACUUUUGAAAGAUGUUACUCCGACGUGACUUUGCGCAGUGCGAGUGACAUGUAAACAUAACGAUGUAUCAAUUGCAGAGCACUCAUAUGAGGUCCGAUGUCACAUACACACUCCUAACUAACAAAGCUCUAUCAGACUGAUUUGAGACUUAUGCUGCCGCCCGUUAUAACCGGGCGUCAGCACGUCAAAAUUUUCCAAACUACUGAUGUUUUUUGCCUUUUUGGUGGCUCCAUAAUCUGCCUCCAACGGCCAUGCACACUUGUGAAGUUCCUAAAAUCACCUCCGAUCUAGAUCUGAGUCUUUUCAACAGCUCAAAUCACAUAAUGAGGCAGUGACAUCAUUUCAAAGAAACAAGGCCUCAUUUGUCUUUGGUCUAUGGGUCUCUUUGGGCCUCAACACAGGCUUCAUUUGGACACGCCCCCUGUGCUAAACACAGAAGAUACAUUUCAUCAUUACAUUAAUGCCACAUGGAAAGCAUUAGCUGAAGUUAAUAUAAUAUACUAUGAUGUAUGUACUUUGUACCUGUGAAUCCAAGUAGUUGUGGUAUUGCAUGUGUUGGAUGCACAUUUGCUUUUACUGGCUU